UUGAGCAAUCUUUCGUGUGGCGAGCAUCGUUUGCAUAGAGUAGCAGAUUUUACUGUUUAACGAUUUGACCAAUCACCUGACUGCAAUUACGAGACUAUAUUCUUUACCAUCCUUAUAAAGAAGCGUGAAACAGGCGAGCAUGCUUCGAAACUCGCUGAAACGAAUCGACGGAAAUUUAUUAAUUUUUCCGCGAAGUCGACUGUAAUAUGUAAGUUUCCAGCUUCCUUUUUAUAAUCCACCUCGCGAAUAAAUGGUAGUGACAAUUUCGAAGAUAACAAGAGAAGAAAAAUUUGGAGGACAACAUGAUUUCGUUCAACGAUCGUACCUUGUUAACGUGUGCCAUCAUUGGUCUAACUGCGAUCAUUUGUGUGGCAACUGUUGAAGCAGAACUUGAAGUAGUAAGCGUGUUAUUUAGACACGGUGAUAGAACGCCAGAUGACAGUAACAAUGAAAAGUACCCAAACGACCCAUACCUGGACUACGAUUUCUAUCCAAUGGGUCGUGGUCAAUUAACCAACCAAGGUAAACGACGGGAGUAUACUCUGGGCAGAUUUCUGCGAAUGAAAUACGGAAGAUUUUUGAAAGACCUUUAUACACAAGAAACCGUAAUUGGUGUUAGUUCUGAAUACGAUAGAACGAAAAUGUCAUUGCAAUUGGUUCUGGCGGGUCUUUUUCCACCGAACAGGGAACAAAAAUGGAAUCUUAUGUUAAAUUGGCAACCAAUACCUACUAAUUACAUACGCCGAUAUGAGGACAACCUUUUUCUUCCAGAGGAUUGUCCCUUAUAUGAGACUGAGUACGAUAAAAUGUUGGAAUCACCGGAAGGACGGAAAGCACUUUCCAAGUACAGUGAUUUGAUGAAAAAUUUAACCGAGUGGAGUGGAAAAAAUAUAUCUACACCAUGGGAUAUGUAUUACUUAUACCAUACGUUAAUGGCUGAAUAUUCCAUGGACCUCACAUUGCCAGAUUGGGCUUAUACGGUAUUUCCAAAUGGUGAUUUGUGGAAUGGAACUGUAUUCGCGUACGAUGCUGCCAGUUUCACUCCUUUAUUGAGAAGGAUCAAUGGAGGGGCGUAUCUCCGAGAGGUCACGAAAACAAUGUUGAAUUUUAUAACCGGUAGAGUGGAGAACGAACGAAAGAUGUAUCUGUACAGUGGACACGAAAGUAACGUUGCUGCUGUAAUGCAAUCUCUUCAAGUAUACUAUCCUCAUGUUCCUGAAUAUUCCAGUGCCGUGAUAUUGGAACUUCAUAAAAUAGAUAACGAAUACUACGUGAAGAUUCUUAAUUACCUUGGUAUCCCGUCAAAGAUUAUAGAACUUCAAAUUCCUGGAUGCGAGAAAUUGUGUCCUUUCGACAAGUUCUUAGAGUUGAUGGAGGAUGUGCUUCCAUCAGACGAUGAAAUUAUAUGCAAUAAGGGCGUCAGCAAAGAUUAUGCUGAUUACAAGUCCAACGAGGAACUUGAUUUAACGAAGUACAAUCUGAUUAGAACGGCAAAGGCGUUCAAACUUGAUUAAUUGAUAAAUUAUAAAAAUACAAAAAUACAAAAAUACACAAUCAACCUGUUUUAUGUAUAAAAAGGUAUACAUAAUAAUCAAGUAUAUAAUAAGUGUAUUUACGUAAUACAAUUAUUGAUACUUAUAAUGUUUUGCAUGAAAGAUGUUUAACACCUGUGAAUUGAAUUGAAAUGAAAUUUAUUUAAAUUUCCAAAUGAUAACUGUUCACGUUGUGUAAUUUGUAUUUAUACGGUUUACAGUACUUAACGCGGAUUGCUUUAAUUAAUUUAUUUAUUUUUCAAUGAAAAUAGCAGUCAAUAUAUUUGUACUUUCUUUUUCUGCCGGGAAAGUGUGCAAUAUUCAUUAUUUAUAUUUAUGAAAUAAUCUUAUAUAAAUGUAACAAAAAUGAAGCUUUAAAUAGUUGUUUAAUAUUAAGAUUUCUGCAUUUAUUAAUUAAGUUUAAGCAAAUGUUACAAAAAUAUAUAAAAAUUAU